CAGCACCUUCUUGAAUAGAGCAAUCUGAUUGGCUUGUUAGCUGGCUGCUCUUUUGCUCACAUUUUAACCCUUAAUCCCCCAAGCCUUAGAGAGAAAGCUGUCACUCCCAUGUGCCAUAAUGUCACUAAUCAAUCAUUCUAAGGUCUGAGAGAGUGAGGUGCUGCUGGCUGUUUAAUAAAGAGGAACUCUGGAACUCAUUUAUACCAGUGAUUAAUUCUGCCCCUGUGGUGUAGACGACAGUCUGAAUCUAUGAUAGAUGUCUUGAGCCUUCUGACAUUGUCAAACAAAUAUCUUGAAGGAAAAAAAAAACAGGACCCAAUUUUCAUUUCACAGUGAACUGUCACUUUAAGAGGCAACAUUGAACAUGGGGAGUCAACGUCAUCGGAAGAAAGAGCAGGCAUUCAGCUGUAUGUGAUUACGUUCAUAUAAAAUAUCAGUUUAUCAAAAGCGAACAGUCAUUAACACCAGCUGCUUCCCCGUAGUAUCUCGUUCAGGUUUGUCUAGUCAUACGGUGUUACCGGUGCAGUGGAAUGGAAGGGUCAGCUGAUCUGAGGAUUGUCCUAUUGGGCAAUACAGGAGCUGGAAGGAGCAGCGCAGCCAAUAGCAUUCUGGGAGAGAAGCUGUUCAAGACCUCUUGCUCUGCCAACCCCCAAACAGUAGAAUGUGAGGCUAAAACAAAAACUGUUGGUGGGAGGAGCAUCACUGUGAUUGACACACCAGGCUUUCUUGAUGAUAAGAACCCUGGUGAAGCACUGAACCCCAAAAUAGUGGAGUGCAUCAGAGAAUGUUCCGCCAGACCUCACACCUUUGUUAUGGUGUUGAAAACUUCCAAGCAAACAGCAGAGGAGUUACGAGUGAUGAAGAGGUUUGAGGACUGCUUUGGAGAGGAGGCUCUGAAGUAUGUUGUUGUCCUGUUUACCCACGGAGACCAGCUCGACGACCGCACGACCAUCAAGCAGUUUGUGAAUAAAAAUGAACGCCUGAAAACACUUGUCCAAAAGUGUGGAAACCGGUUUUAUGUCAUCGAUAACAAAUACUGGAACAAUCCCACUGAAGGCCACAAUGAUGAGAGAAGCAACGCUGCUCAAAUCAAAAAGCUGCUGAACACGAUUGAUCAGAUGAUGAAGCAGAACAGAGGACAGGACUACACCAAAGAGAUGCUCAGAAUUGUGGAAAAGGCUCAGUCUGGGGGUCAAGCAAAACCAGUGCAGAAUGUGAUGAAAAUGUUUUUGAAAACAGGAGCAGGGGUUCUGUUAUUUCUUACUGUAUGGUACGCACAUACGACUAUUUCUCAUGAUACAUGUCGGGCCAUAGCAAAGGGAGCUCUGUUAAUGGCAAUAUUUGGUGCUGGGGCAUAUGUAACUAUACCCAUUUUAUUCCCUGAAAAGCCGAAGGAAAAAGGCAACUAAACCCAAUACUGAUGAUGUGUAAGUCACAGGAAAAGAAGCAGAGACAGAAUACUAAGAAUUUAUUGACCAGUGGUAAUAUUUGGAUUUAUUAGUAAGAAGAAUACGAUUUUAUUUUUUAAAAUUUCAUUUACCGAAUUACUUUCUCUAAUGUCAUUUAAAGAUUGUCUACUUCAUAACUGAAGGGGACCUGCAGGAAUCUUGUCCGAUUUUUAAAAUCCUACAGGAAUUACCCUCUCAUAUUAAUAGUUAAGAUACCUUUAUAGAUCCCUUUAGGAGUGUGCAUUGUAUUUAGGGAAUGACAUUUCAACUUAAGAAAGCAAGUUCCUAUAGAAUUUUGAAAAAUACUACACAAUCUGCAGUGUUUGUUGGUCAUAUUAGACAGCUACCACAGCACUGGUUCCUAGCUAGUUUACUUGCAGUAAAUGUUAACCUGCUUACUUCUUAAUCCCAACUAUCUUGCUGGCUGCCUUUUCAUACGUUUCAGUGGCUAGCACUAUGUGCAUACUUUUCUCACCUUGACUCAGACAACCCCUUGACCCCUUAGAAAGUGUCUUGUUAAAGUCACAAGUGACCUUUCUGGCCUACUCUCCAUCCUCAUCCUCCUUCACCUCAGCACGGCUUCUGGUAACAUCUCUCACUCCCUCCUCCAUCAAAGACUAUCUUCAAUUGAAAAAACUGGAACUGCUCA